AUGGUUAAAACCAUCUACGCCAUUUCGCUUUUCACGGCGACAGGCCUGGCUGCCCCCUUGCGGCAGAGCCCUCGUGGUGACGGGGAAAACUUCAUUGGUGCCGGCACCGCAGAUGGCGUCGUGAAUGACGCCGUCAAUGGCAUCCUCGGAAAGUUGGUUCCUCGUGCCGAGGCUACUCAGCAGAAUGGCCACGGAAACUUGAUCGACAAAUUGCCAUUGAUCGGCUCUCUUCUGGGAGGAAAGCAGGAGCGCUCGGUUGAAGAGCGAUCAUUCACAGGAGAUCUAAGCAAAUUCCCUCUGCUAAGCGAACUCUUUGGAGGAGACCAAGCUCACCCCGCGAAUGUAGACAAGGGCCAGGAUGCUCAAAACCAUGCUCGGUCUUUCAAUGAAGAGCUGAGCUACCUCCCUUUUAUUGGUGGCCUGUUUGACGAUAAACAAAAUGCUGGGCAGAACGCCGGCCAGAACGCGCAUCAGAACGAGGGCCAAAACGCCGGUCAAAAUGCCGGUCAAAACGCCCACCAAAAUGAGGGACAGAAUGCCGGUCAGAACGCUGGCGAGAACGCUGGCCAGAAUUCCGGCCAGAAUGCUGGUGAAAACGAUGGACAGAACGACGGCGAGAAUGACGGUCAAAAUGAAGGUCAGAACCUGAAACGAGACCUGACCAGCACCAUUAGCAACCUUCCUAUCGUCGGUUCCCUGCUUGGUGGUCAGGCCAAGAAGCCCGGUCCUCCUAAUGGUCACCACCAGACCCGUGAGGUCCACGGUGAGGUCCAUGGACUCUUGGGUUUCGUCCACCAAUUGACCAGCGGUGGUGCCACGACCCAGAGCCAUCGCCGCGACAUGAUCGGUGAGGGUCUUGAUUACAUCAAGGACGCCGCUAGCAGUGCUGAAAAACUUGCUGGCAUUGACCGAGUCGGAAAGAUGCUUGGCAAGCGUGAUGCCGCGGAAGAAGAAGCUGGCAAGAAGGAUAGCAAGGAAGAUCCCAACGGCAAGAAGGGCGAGGGCAAGGAUGGUAAGAAGGACGACAGCAAGACCAAGACCAACCCACUCAAGGAACUUGCCACCGAGAGUGGCCUUGGAGCCCUCUUUGGGAACGCCCACCACGGUCUCGGCCUCUUCCCUAUGCAUGGCCGCCGUGACGCCACCCAGCACGAGGCUCGUGGGGCUCCUCCCAUUCAAGGGUCCACCUUGACUGAUGUCCUGCUCCAGGGUGGUGCCCUCGGCAAAUUGACCAAGGCUCUUUCUCCUGCUGCGCCUCAUAAGUCUGGUUCUGAUCCCACCAAGGUUGGUGAUGGUACGACCAUGGCCCCUCCUCCGAAGGGGGCUCCAGGCUACAAGGGCGUUGCUAAGGGAUCUGCCCAGGCGCCCCCGGCGGCUGGUCACCAGUAA